AUGAAUAACUCAAGAUCAACUGCUAGAAAGGGAACCAACAAUCUUCCAGUCUAAACAGGAGACAUCGAAGAAUACAUACAAAUCUUGUAUGAACAUCAGAAGAGCUGCGAGAAGGCUGGGAAAUAUUUGGAAGCUGAUCAAGCAAAAAAGAGACUUGCUGAGUUGAAAAAAGAAUUGGAUCAGAAGAAUAAAUAUGAAGUCAAGGACAGACAUACUAAUGAAAAAUAGGAGAUUGAAAAAGCCCAUCUUGAUGAGUUUAAUCAAUUUAACGAAUUCUGGGAUUAAAAAAUGGCUGAAUUUGAUUAAGAAGCUCAAAGAGUUAAAGAACAAGUCUUAUAAAGACACGAUGAAGAGUUAAAGCAAUUUACUGAUGAGUUAGAGAACUCUAUUCCAGUCAAACCCAAAGACUCUGCAGAAUUACUCAGUUUGAGGAAGACUGAAGAGUCAUUAGCCAGACAAGAGAAUUAUUAAGAAGCUCAUCUCACCCAAUAAAGAAUACUUGCUAUGGAGAGAGAUGAAUAUGAAAAAUGGAAUGCUUCAAGAACCAGCAAAAUCAGAAAUCUAAUCUCUUAACUUAAGUUAAAACAAACCAAUGAAUUAGCUGCUUUGUAACAAAGAAUUAUAUCUGGAUAAGAAGAAUAAAGGAAGAUUAGAUCAUAAGAAUUGGAGAAAUUACUCUAAAAAUAUUAGAAUGUUAGAAAGGAAUUGACUAGUUAAUAAAACUAGGAGAUUACAAGACUUGAUAAAACUAUGAAGAACUAAUCAAUUAUGUAAUAGUCCAGAAUGAAUUCUUCUAAAAUGAUGAGCUCCUCAAUGAAGAAAGGGGAUGAAGAAAACUACUAUAUAAAAUGA